AUGGACCUCUUCCACCAGUUCCACCAUCUCAGAGUCAUCAAAGGGGUGUCUGGUAGAUCAGCAAAAGACCUUCAGCUUAGUAUGCAGCCCAAUACCUCUUCUUUCCCACACUUCCUUUCACAAUCUCUCAAACACAGAACAAUCUCUGAUAAUGCAUAUAUCAACCUCAUCACUUUUGUGGAUGUACCUGGAAAGUAUACUGCCAAGGAAACCUUCUCUGUUACUGUUGAGGGCACCACCAUCUUCACAGUCCCCCAGGCUUGCAACCUAAGGGUUUCUCAGAGCAGACUCCAAGAGAAAUAUGCUUUUAAUAAAUCUGUGGAUUUAGAUUGUCCAGGAAAACCAGAAGUGACCAAACAGGAUCAGAUAACUGUCAAUGGCACUGCCAAAGGAAGUAAUAAAACAAAUGAAGACCUCAUACAUCAGGAUGAAAAAAGCAUGCAACUAAAUAAAAACAGAAGUAGCAAAGGAGAGGAGGAAGUUAUUAAGAAUGCAGAGACAGGAGAAAAGGGAUAUUAUGCCAGUCCCAAAUUAGCUAAAGGAGAGGGAUAUACACAUGGAGAAAAAAUCUAUCCAGAAACAUUAGACAGAGAUGGGAAUGGAGAUAAUGACACAAUAAAUGGUUUAAAAGACAGCAUUUAUAAGGCAGGAAAUGUCACGUAUAAUAAUAAUGAAACCACUACUAGAAAUGUCAAAGAAGAGAAUGUUACCCACACAAAUCAAAUUGAAGUUACUAAUGUCCAAGAAGAAAAUAUAAGCAAGAGUAGAGGUAAUGAAGAUGAAGGAAAUGGAAACACCGAUAAAAAUGCGGAUGGUCUAAAUGAAAAAACUCCUUACAGAGGAGAUGGGAAUGGAGAUAAUCAAACCAAGGCUCCAACAGGAAAAGGUGAAACUAAAAAUGUCAAUGGAGAAGAUGAAAGCUGGAAUGAUAUCGGUGGUGGUGCUAGUGGCAAUGGAGCUGAUACCUAUGAUGAAAAUGGUUCUGGUGAUGAUGAGGGAGAAAAAGCAGAGGAGAGAGAUGAAAGCACUGCUGAUAACAGGGAUUCAGGCUUUCCUAGUAAUGAGAUUCAGGAUAAUGGAAAUGAAUAUGACAGUGAUAAUAGCUUAAGCAAAGCUUCAAGUGAUGCCAAUGAAGAUGAAACUGGAGACAAUGACGAUUUCCUCAAUGGAGAAAAUACUUCAAAGAGUGAUGAAAAUCAUGAUAAUACUGUGGAAGUUACCAUGGAGCUGACUUUACCCGUUAAAGGUGGUAAAAGUGGAUUAAAUGAAGAAUCAGGUCCUAUCAGUAUUAACAAAGUCCAAGAAAAGCAGGUAGAAAACAAUGGGACCAACAACGACAGUGGUUUGGAAACUACUAAAGAAACUGAGAAAAUAAAUGAUGCUUUUAGAAUUAAAGAUGACAUUAUUUCUGACAAAGGAUAUGGUGAUAUGGCAGGGAAGUUUAACAAUGAACCUGUUGGAAACAACUUGAAAAUUAAACUUGGAGGCAAAGGUGGACCCAGCAACACUGGCAGUGAAAGCAAUAGUGAUGGCUAUGAUGAGAGCUAUGAUUUUGACAAUGAAUCUAUGCAAAGAGAUGACCCUGAUAGCACUAAUGAUGAUGCCAAAUCUGAAAGUGAGGAUAUCAGUAAUAGUAAGAGCACUGAUUCUAAUGAACCUGAUGAAUCAAUUGGUGAUAGCAAUGGCAGUGACUCACCAGAAGGAGAUGAAGAUAGUGACAGUAUAUCAGACACUAAUGAUAGUGAUAGUACCCAUAAUGGCAGCAAUAGUGGUGACAAUAGUAAUGGAAAUGGUGGUAGUGACAGUAGUGACAGUGACAGUAAAUCUGAUAGUGACAGCAAAUCUGAUAGCAAUGACAGCAGUGAUAGUGACAGCAAAUCUGAUAGCAGUGACAGCAGUGAUAGUGACAGCAGUUCUGAUAGCAGUGACAGCAGUGAUAGCAGUGACAGCAGUGAUAGUAGUGACAGUAGUGACAGCAGUGACAGUAGUGAUAGUAGUGACAGCAGUGACAGCAGUGAUAGCAGUGACAGUAGUGACAGUAGUGAUAGUAGUGAGAGCAGUGAUAGCAGUGACAGUAGUGAUAGCAGUGACAGUAGUGAUAGUAGUGACAGCAGUGAUAGCAGUGACAGCAGUGAUAGCAGUGACAGUAGUGAUAGUAGUGACAACAGUGAUAGUAGUGACAGCAGUGAUAGCAGUGAUAGUAGUGACAGCAGUGACAGUAGUGGCAGCAGUGACAGCAGUGAUAGUAGUGACAGCAGUGACAGUAGUGACAGCAGUGACAGCAGUGAUAGUGACAGCAGUGAUAGUAGUGACAGCAGUAACAGUAGUGAUAGCAAGUCUGAUAGCAGUGAUAGUGACAGUAGUGACAGCAGUGAUAGUAGUGAUAGUAAAUCUGAUAGCAGUGACAAUAGCGACAGCAAAUCUGAUAGCAGUGACAGCAGUGAUAGUGACAGCAAAUCUGAUAGCAGUGACAGCAGUGAUAGUGACAGCAGUUCUGAUAGCAGUGACAGCAGUGAUAGUGACAGCAGUUCUGAUAGCAGUGACAGCAGUGAUAGUGACAGCAGUUCUGAUAGCAGUGACAGCAGUGAUAGUGACAGCAGUUCUGAUAGCAGUGACAGCAGUAGUAGUGAUGAUGACAGCAAAUCUGAUAGUGAUAAUAACAACCAUCAGGGCAAGUCUAAUAACAGAAAUGACAGUGACAGUGAUAGUGACAGCAGUGUCAGUGAAGGCAGUGACAGUAACCAUUCAACAAGUGAUGAUUAG